UCUCCUUGUGCCCUCCAUCUUUCCCAACAUCGGGGUCUUUUCCAGGGAGUCUUCUCUUCUCAUGAGGUGGCCAAAGUAUUGGAGCCUCAGCUUCACGAUCUGUCCUUCCAGUGAGCACUCAGGGCUGAUUUCCUUAAGAAUGGAUAGGUUUAUUCUUCUUGCAGUCCAUGGGACUCUCAAGAGUCUCCUCCAGCACCAGAAUUCAAAAGCAUCAAUUCUUUGGCAUAACGAUAGAUCAAUCAAAUAUAGAAUGCUGCCGACUGGAGAGCAGGAAACAUUCAAAACAUGGUCUCCAACAGGCUUCUCGUUCUCUCCCUGACCCAACUGCUCUUGGGCUUUAGUUUCAUGUCCAAAAUCUUCCUCUGCUUUCCAAAAAUAAGCCACUGCCACCAUGCUGAAGGGAGAAAAACAAGAAGGGUGGUAUUUUUAGGGCCAUUAAUUCUGACCACGUGCCCAGGAGGUGAACGGAUGGCUAUUGCACAAAGGCUUCUCAUCACUAUGUCCUACGAAGCCAGCAUUCACUUGACGUUCCCUGCUUUUGUUCUCCUGGGCUUUCUGGCUGAGAUUAUCCUUUCCUACCCAGUUGUCGUCAGAACAAAUGGCACCCUGUUGGACAGAGGAUGGGAGUCUAUCUUAUCCAGGUCCCUUGCUGGAAUGUCAGGGGAGAAAUCUGAAGUCAACUGGGAGACUGACUAUUUGCUAGGAAUCAAGAGGCAGCGGAGGCUCUACUGCAACGUGGGCAUUGGGUUUCAUCUCCAGAUAUUUCCAGAUGGACAGAUAAGUGGUAUUCAUGCUGAAAACCAAUACAGUCUCUUGGAAAUAUCAACAGUAGAGAGAGGUGUGGUUAGUCUGUUUGGUGUCAAAAGUGCACUCUUUAUUGCAAUGAACAGCAAUGGGAAAUUAUACGGCACGGCAACUUUUCAAGACGAAUGUAAAUUCAAAGAAACUCUUCUUCCCAACAACUACAAUGCCUAUGAAUCAGCCGUGUACAAAAGCUUUUACAUAGCACUCAGCAAACAUGGGAGAGCCAAAAGAGGAAGCAAAGUCUCGCUUGUUCAGACUGUCACACACUUUUUACCCAGAUUAUGAAGACCAGAGUAAAAUGCAUUUAAACUGCCCUAUUUCAAUUUGCACAUGAGAAUUUGCACAUCUCCCAGGUAAAGAAUAUAUAUUCACUCCUUUGUUACUAUAUAUAUGCAUAUAUAGGUGAAAUCAUUUGUACAGGAUCCAUUACACUAUUUUUUCUACACCGA